AUUGAAUGUAUGUAUUGUGUGAUCAAAACAAAACACUUUCCACUCAUUUGCGAAUCCAUUGAACAGUUAAUUAGUGUUUAGUUUGCCAUCAAUUGUAUCAAUGAUCGCAUCCGUUGUGGACAUCAUUUAGUCUUAUAUGACAUCGAAAUCAAUGGUAAAGUGAAGAACGAAUGUCACAACCGAAUGCUUCCACAUCUGAUAGAUUGGUCACCACUUCAGACGGCAAACAAGUGAUAGACAAUAGACCCGAAGUGACGGUCAGAUCCAAUACAGUGACCGACAAACGCAAGGCUUUGAACACAAGUAAUAAUAAUAUCCAUAAUAAUCAUAAUCACAACAAAUAUAUUCCUCACAAAAGAGUUCGCAUUGAAUGCGAAGACAUUGAAACGGACGCGAAGAUGAGUGAAAACGCGUCGAUCGCCGUCACCAACAACCAGAACAAUAGGUACUCAUUGUCUUCUAAUGGUGUCUCCAAAGGCACUCAAUUGGCAAACUCGACAAAACCCGGAACCGCUAAGAAGCUCGUCAUCAAGAACUUCGAAAAGCCAAAACUGCCGGAAAACUACUCAACGCAGACAUGGGAUCGCAUGAAGGAGGCGGUGGUCGCCAUUCAGAAGUCAGAGCCGGUCAGCACAUCCCUGGAAGAGCUGUAUCAGGCGGUCGGCAAUCUGUGCUUUCAUAAGAUGGCACCCGAUCUCUACAAACAGUUGGAGUCUUUGGUCGAAGUCCACGUCAAGAACUGUGUCCUCCAGUUCUUGAACGCAGAUAUGGAUCACUUGUCUUAUCUGAAACUCAUGAAUAACUGCUGGCAAUCACAUUGCAAUCAAAUGAUAAUGAUCCGGAGUAUAUUCCUAUAUCUGGACCGAACAUAUGUUCUCCAAACGGCACAAAUUCUCUCCAUUUGGGAUAUGGGUUUAGAGAUGUUUCGCAAACACAUUACAAACGACUCUAUAGUUCAGACCCGAACUGUCGACGGAUUGCUAAAACUCAUUGAAAGCGAGCGCAGCGGUGAGGGUGUGGACAGAGGGCUACUGAAGAGUUUGCUGCGAAUGUUAUCUGAUUUGUCGAUAUAUCGAAACGCAUUUGAAAUCCGGUUCUUGCAGUCAACGGAACAGUUGUACGCCUCGGAAGGGCAGCGAUUGAUGCAGUCUAUGGAAGUUCCCGACUAUUUGUCUCACGUCGACAAACGCGUGAACGAAGAGUGGGAGCGUUUGCUUCACUAUUUGGAUCACUCGACUCGCAAACCAUUGAUACAAACCGUCGAAAAGCAGUUGAUUUCUGAACACUUGCCAAACAUAUUGUCGAAAGGGUUGGACCAGUUGUUGGACACCCACAGAAUCACAGACCUGUCUCUUAUGUACAAUCUAUUAAAUCGAGUGAAGGAGGGUUUGGGAGAACUUUGUUCUCAUUUCAAUCAAUAUAUUAAGAAAAAAGGGAAAGUAAUCGUCACGAGUCCUGAAAAAGACAAAGAAAUGGUUCAGGAAUUACUUGAUUUUAAGGAUCAGAUGGAUCUGGUGUCCAAUCAAUGCUUCUCUAAGAACGAAAAGUUCACGAACUCAUUGAAGGAGGCGUUCGAGCAAUUCAUUAACCAAAGGGCUAACAAACCGGCGGAACUGAUCGCCAAAUUCGUCGAUUCGAAGCUAAGGGCCGGCAAUAAAGAGGCCACAGAAGAGGAAUUGGAGAAACUUUUAGACAAAAUAAUGGUUUUGUUUCGCUUUAUUCACGGAAAAGAUGUCUUCGAGGCGUUCUAUAAGAAGGAUUUGGCGAAAAGACUUUUGGUCGGAAAGUCCGCUUCAGUGGACGCCGAGAAGUCAAUGCUCUCUAAGUUGAAACAGGAAUGCGGGGCCGCCUUCACCUCCAAACUGGAGGGUAUGUUCAAAGACAUGGAACUGUCCAAAGAACUGAUGCUGAACUUCAAACAAUACCUGAAUAACGCCAAACCCAACGGUGCCGUCGAAAUGAACGUCAAUAUACUGACAAUGGGUUAUUGGCCGACGUAUCAGCCAAUGGAAGUGCACAUGCCUUCAGAAAUGGUUGAGUAUCAGGAGAUCUUCAAGAGGUUCUAUCUGUCGAAACACAGCGGAAGGAAACUGCAGUGGCAGCCAAACUUAGGCCACUGUGUCCUCAAAGCCUGCUUCGCAGCGGGCAAUAAAGAGCUUCAGGUCUCUCUGUUUCAGGCAUUAGUUUUGCUUUUAUUCAACGAUACGAAUGAUUUCUCAUUAGAAGAGAUCAAACAGUCGACGGCUAUAGAAGACAGUGAAUUGCGGCGAACUUUGCAGUCGUUGGCGUGCGGUAAGGCUCGGGUGCUGACGAAGAGUCCGAAGGGACGGGAUGUUCUCGACGACGACCGGUUCGCAUAUAAUUGUGAUUUUAAGAAUAAACUCUUCAGAAUUAAAAUAAAUCAGAUCCAACUCAAAGAAACGCAAGAGGAACAGGCGACCACUCAGGAGAGGGUAUUCCAGGACAGGCAGUAUCAGAUCGAUGCGGCCAUUGUUCGCAUCAUGAAGACUAGGAAAACGCUGACACAUAACCUCCUAUUGUCUGAACUCUACGAUCAGCUCAAAUUCCCGGUCAAACCGGCGGAUCUGAAGAAGAGAAUCGAAAGUCUUAUCGAAAGGGAUUAUCUCGAGAGAGAUAAAGAGAACACAAAUCUGUAUCAUUACGUGGCAUAAGAAGUGUUGGAAUCGUUUCGAGUGAUUCAAUUGAAUGUAUAAUUUGAAUAUUUAUGAAAUUUUAAUUCAACUCUAAUAUAGUUUUGUCGAAAGAGUGAACACAUUUCGGUUUUCUUAUUCAUUAAAAACAAAAUCUUUUAUUAGUCCAA